AUGUUAUGUUUAUUGCAGUGGGCUGAUUAUUGCAAAGCAAACCUAUUGGAAGCAAAAUGGUACAACAACGGUUACACCCCUGGGCUUGAAGAAUAUCUGAGCAAUGCAUGGGUUACAGCAUCUGGGCCCAUCAUUCUGUUUCAUGUAUAUUUUUUAAUGGGAGAAAACAUAACAAAGGAGGCUCUAGAUUGCAUUGGAAGCUACCCAAAUCUGAUACGCUGCCCAUCUAUUAUCUAUCGACUCACCGACGAUCUGGAAACUUCAGCGAACGAACGAGAGAGAGGUGAUGUGCCAAAAUCAAUCCAAUGUCACAUGCACGAGACAGGUGUUUCUGAAGCUGUUGCGCAAGAGUACAUAGGAGGUCUAAUCAAUGACACCUGGAAGAAGAUAAAUGAAGAUCUUGAUCUUGUGGCCAACUCUCCAUUCCCCAAGUCUCUUGUGGGUCCCUCCAUAAAUCUUGCAAGGAUGGCCCACUGCAUGUACCAAUAUGGUGAUGGAUAUGGUGUUCCCGACCAGCACACCACGGACCAUAUCAAGUCAUUACUGGUCCAACCUAUUCCGCUUGAGUAGAGAUAAGCCCUCCAGUACACAUAGCAAGCAUGUACUGUUAUUGAGACUGUUGGUCUGGUGGGCCAUGGCAUGAACGGGCAGUAUAAUAAUAAAUAAAUAAAAAGUAUGGGGCGCAGGCUGUCAUAGACAUCUGAUUAGUGAGUCUGCAAAAGGAACGGUUAGAUCAGUAGUCCACAUUCAACAUUAGAAAGUCGCAUCAACGGGAAGGUAGAA